AUGCAAAGUGAAUUAACUGCUCAACAAACUGUCAUCGUUAAUAAUCUUCAUUCAUCUUUACCAUUAAUUUCCCAAAAACCAAACAUAUGUCGAUUACGAAAAAUUCUUCUUACACUACUUUUAAUUAUGUUUUUUUCAAGUUUAGUGUAUUUAGUUUUUGUUAGUUUACCUUGUAUGAAAUAUGCAAAUAUAUGGUUUUGUCAAAAUUUUAAUCAUAAUUAUGAAUAUAGUUGGGCUUUAGUUUCUCUUAUUUAUGAUGGCCUUUGGUUGCUAAUUACUUAUCGAUACUAUUCCAGAGGAUUAUUAUUAUUCGCAUGGGUUAGUACAAUUUUUGUAUGUAUAUUUGGAGUAUUUCUUAUCAUUUCUUUACUGGCAAUCUUUCAAACUAUGAUGUAUUUUCAUAUGAUUGAUACUCGUGUUCUCAUUGCUUCAAUUAGUUCAAUUGUAUUAUGUAUAGCAACAUUAAUUUUACAAAUAGCACUUGUUUCAUUUUCUCUUAGAUUAUCAAAAUUAAUUUCGACGAGUAAACAUAUUAUGAUUUAA